CACGUUCCGACAGGCGAUAACAAUGUCCCAGUCACUCCUCGCGCCCCGCGCGCUGGUAUCUGCGCGCGUCGCAUCGCCCACCAUGAAGCCCAACCGCCGGGGAUCCGCCGUCUCUGUUCGCGCAGCCGGGGAUCCACCUUCCAUCUACGGUUCUCCCGGAAGCCGCACGCAGAUCGUGGAAUGGCUUGCGCUCGAGCUCGGUCAGGACAUCAAGAGCGUGAACCUCAACCGCGCGAUCAUGUCCUCGCCCGAAUACCGCGACGUGCAUCCUUUCGGCAAGAUUCCAGCGUGCAAGGCUGCGGACGGCACCGGGAUCUUCGAGUCUGGAGCCAUCAUGCUGUACCUUGCUGACCUUGCUGGCUCUUUGCCAACCCCCGAGGCGAGGGGCGAGGCCGCCGCGUGGGUCAUCUGGGCGAACGCCACCAUGUGGCCGGCGCUUGAGGCGAGCAGGGGCAAGUGCAACCUGGAAAACUUGUUCGGGCCAGUAGACGCGAUCCUGGCAGAUAAGGCGUGGCUCCUGGGCUCGGAGCUCUCCGUGGCUGACGUCGCGGUUGCUUCGUACAUCAAGUACGGACAGCUGUUCUUUCGUAUGGACAUCAAGGCGUUCCCCAACGUGGUCAGGUACAUGGAGCAGGUCGAGCAGAGGGAAGCUUUCCAGUCGACCGUCAUGGGAGGUUAAACGAGCCGCGGGGGCUUCGCGGGUCCGACUAUUACUAGGACUGCAAUUGCCCUAUUUGAUAACAGGUUCUACAUAG